AUGAAAAAUCAGUCAGUGGAAUUUGACUUUAUUCUUUUGGGAUUGACAGAUGACCCACAAUUGCAAAUUGUGGUGUUUCUGUUUCUCUUUCUCAAUUAUGUGAUGAGCCUGGUGGGGAACUUAAUCAUUGUGCUUCUCACCCUGCUGGACCCUCGCCUCAAAACUCCAAUGUAUUUCUUUCUCCGUAAUUUCGCCUUUUUGGAAAUCAUGUUCACAACAGUGUGUAUUCCCAGAUUCUUGACGACCAUUGUGACUGGAGACAAAACUAUUNCUUAUAAUAGUUGUGNAGCUCAGUUGUUUUUCAUUCUUUUGCUGGGAGUCACAGAAUUUUAUCUCCUGGCUGCCAUGUCCUAUGACCGAUAUGUUGCCAUCUGCAGACCACUGCACUACCCUAUCAUCAUGAACAGCAAAGUAUGCCACCAACUCAUCCUCAGCUCCUGGGUGACUGGAUUCUUGAUCAUCUUUCCCCCAUUGGCCAUGGGUCUGAAGCUGGAUUUCUGUGAUUCCAGGAUAAUUGAUCAUUUUAUGUGUGAAACUUCUCCUAUUUUACAGAUCUCCUGCACAGACACUCAUGUCAUAGAAAUGAUGUCCUUUGUCUUAGCAGUGGUGACACUUGUAGUCACACUGNUACUAGUGAGUCUCUCUUACUCUUUCAUCAUUAAGACUAUUAUGAGUUUCCCUUCUGCACAGCAAAGAACCAAAGCCUUCUCC